AUGAUUACCACAGCAAGGAUACCUGCUGAUAAACCCGUUCGAAUUUCCUUCAGUCUUAAUGACUCUACAGGUACAGUUUUCCCAUAUUUUUCUCAAAAGAUACAGAAAGUACUUAUUGUUGUAUAUAUCUACAUUCCUGUGAUUAAUGUUCAUUGCAGAUACCUUUUGCCCACCACAACUUAAUCCAUAACUAAUUAGUAAUAUAAGUUAAAAAAUGGACUCAGGGCCCUUAACUUCAGUCUUUCAGUUUCCUGUUUGUGCUGUUGAUAGAAACCAAUGCAUAAAAACUCAAUUUGAAUUAAAAAACCUUAAUGACUCCAAAAAGGCAAGCAAUAUACUUAUUGGAUCCAUUAAUUAUGAAAUUGACGACCACCAUUGAAAAUCACCUUUAACCUAUACUAACCUUGGACGUUAAUGAGGACGUUAAAUAGAAACUUCUUAUAUUGAGGGAAUCUAAAAUGACUGCCAUGCAGAGAAUUCUAAUAGGAUUUGGGUGUGUCAAUGUAAUAUCCAUACCUCUAAACCAUAACGAUUUCAGUGGAACAGUCAGGAUUUUCAGGUCCUGUCCAGAUAUUUUAAGGAUAGCUAUUGAAUUUGUUAAAAAAAACAAAAAAAAAACUUAUUAUCCAUUAUCGUUAAUAUUCACAGUGCAAAGAAAGGUUUCCUCAGCUGUACAUGAAAAUCUUCUAUGUCAAGUUCUCAAUAGGUGGAAUAUUUGUACAAUCUUUUUAAGAAAAGUAGAUUGUAAAGCUAGCGUACUGCAGACCGAAUUUACCUUUCAAGUGCAUUUGGCUGCAAAUCUUGCUAAUGCUUUCACAUAUUUCAGAUGAGAAAAUAAUGUUGAUCAAUCUGGGACCUUUUUCCCUCUUAAAUAAUACAUAAAUUAUUUAUUUAUUUAUUUAUCAAAUAUUUUACCAGGAAAGAUACAUUGAGAUUUCUCUCGUUUUCAAGUAUGUCCUGGGCCCACAAAUCAUUGCAUUGUUACAUUAGGGUACAACAAAAUACAAAAACAAUAUUAAUACACAAUAUAUACAAAAUUUAACAUAGAACAGGCAGGAAAUAUAUAAUCAACCAUGACACAUGCAUUCUGUUUUGAGGCAUAAAUACUUAAAUUAACAAAUGACAAAUAUUUAAAAAACAAAAAAACUAAACAUAAAUAAUUUUACAUUCAUGUAUUUGCUGCAAAUGCCUUGGAUUUGCAUCAUCUGUAGUUAACUCUUCUACCACUUGGAAGUUGAUGAUAACAUUCAACCUGAUCUAGUGCUUCCAUAAUAAUGUAUGUGAGCACUGAGCAGAGAUCUAUCAGAUAUCUGGUACAACUGUUGGCAGAGGUAAUAGAUUAUAGGAGGUUAUCAAUAGUUUAUUUUUAUGGUUUUUGUUUUUCAUGAAACAUUAUGAGAGAUUGUUAGACAAAAUUGGAUCUUUUUGCCAUUCAGGCACAUCUCACAGCAUUAAGUGCUUGUUAAAAUGAGAUAAAUAUGAUUGCUAUUUUGGAGUUAAAAGGAUCCUAUAGUGCCAGGAAAACAAUCCGUUUUCCUGGCACUACAGGUUUAAUAGGUCACCCCCCCAACCUCGUGCCCCCCUCCCACGGGGCUGAAGGGGUUAAAAUCCCUUCAGCCACUUACCACAUCCAGUGCCGAUGUCCCCCCGCACUAGGUCAGGCUCCGGCCAUGCUUUUCGUCAGCCGGCGGGAGCCGACGGGGAGAUGUAACGCGCAUGCGCGGCAGCGGCAACAGCCACGUGCGCAUUAGAUUUCACAAUAGGAAAGCAUUGAAUAAAGCUUUCCUAUGCAUUGUGUGGGGACGUCCAGCGUCAAAUAACGGACCAAAAGUCCGCUUGGAAUCCGGAAGUGCCCCCAGUGGCUGUCUGGUAGACAGCCUCAGAGGGCAGACUUAGAUCUGCAAUGUAAACACAAACUGUUUUACAUUGCAGCACUAAGUGCGAAAGGGUCACAUUACCCAGACCACUUCAAUUAGCUGAAGGGGUCAGGGUACCUACAGUGUCCCUUUAAGAAGGAUUUUUUUUUUCUUAACUUGUGGAAAUCAGUUUAGACCUUUUGGAUCAGUAGCAGCAAUACAGAUGUAUGAAAUACUGGAUUUGAUGCAUUUUAUACUAUAUUUUUAAACCUAUACAGUGGGACCUCGGUUUACGAAUUUAAUGCGUUCUCCAGGAAGUUUCGUAUUGCGAAAAAUUUGUAAACCGAAACACGGUUUCCCAUAGGAAUGCCUUGAAAACCAAUUAAUGCGUUCCGGAGGUGAGAAAAAAGUCAAAUAAAGUAUUUUAUCUGUUCAAAACUCUUUAUAAAGUGCACUUUAAAGGCAUAAAUACUGUACAGGGACAUGAUUAAUCAAGCAAUAACAUUUCAAACAUCCAACUUUAUGUUUUAAAACAUCGCACAUCAACUUUUAAAACAUGGCAGACUGUUGGUAACAUGGUACAGUAUACUUCAACUGAACAUAAAUCAAAUGUCAACAGGGAAAACAUGGAAAAUUUCAAAACAAUUUUAACACUUUUUGGAAGAUGAGGAGGAUGAGGGCAAUUGGGCAGCACUAACACAAGCAGGUUCUUCUUCAUGUCUAGGCUGUUUUUGUAGGAACCUUUCCAUUGUAUGCUGCCUCUGGCGCGUUUUAAGCAUCCCUCGGAAAGGGGACAUGAUGUCUGUGUCAAAACUGCUCACAAGUCUGUGGGCUAGAGCCUUAUCUGGGUGGUGCUGCUGUAGGUUUCCCCACAUUUGGUAUGCCUCCUUGAGUUCCGUGGAAGAGAGCUGUUCCUCACUAAUUUCCUCCUCCUCCUCAAAUGUGGUCUGCUCCUCCAUCGCCUCCUUCUGCAAUUCCACCAGCUCCUCCUGGUUAGGUCACAGACGUGUUCCUCCACCAGCUCAUAGACAUCCUCCUCAGUCACCUCCAGGCCCAUGGUGCUCUCCAAGGAAACAAUUUCCUCCAACACUGUUGACUCUGGUGCAGGUGCAGAAUCACUGGAGGCAGGUUUCACAACACAGUCUGGCCACAGAUUGCGCCAAGCAGAAUUUAGGUUUGUCUGGCUGACCUCAGCCCAGGCAAUGGUGAUAAUCUGCAGACAGCUCACAAUGUCAAAAUGAUCUCUCCAAAAUUAAAACCUGCUGCAAAUGGCUCCAAAAGGCUCCACAACUUGCUGCAAAUGGCUCCAAAACCUCUCCAACACCUCCACACUCCACACUCACGUGCUACCCAGACUCCAGUAUGCAGGGGGCGGAGCUAUAAACCGGGACACUUGUUUUGUAUUGCGAAAAAAUUCUUAAACCGAGGCAUUUUUUUUUUAACGAAUUCUCAUUCGUAAACCAAAUUGUUCGUUAACCGAGGUUCCACUGUAUUACUAUGUAACUGUGGCGUUCUUUCAGUGGGGCUAUUUUGGCAUAAGAUUUACAAUUACCUUGUGAAUUCCUAAAAUUCAUGUUUUAGUGAAUAACCCUGUGUGUGUCUUACAAUUAACAUGCUCUACUCUUACGAAAUUAUUCAGCAUGCUUCUGAGACUUAGGAUACUGGAUAAACAUAUAUCUCUGGGUAUAUGUAUAAACACAUAUACCCAACAUUUAUCCAGUAGCAUAUACAUAGAAAAAUAAUUGUUCUUUAAACCUAAAAAUAAUCACAAUCAAAACUAUUGUUUUGUCAAUUCAUGUUUUACUACCUAUGUAUUCUGUUUUUCAAAUUGGAUACAUUAAUUUUCAUGACACCAUAUUCUGGCGUUUUUUUUCUCCUUAGUGAUCGGUAGUGAAGAGGUUAAAAGCUCACAAAAAUAACUGAGUCAAUGACUCCAAAAAUAGCCCACAUUGGUAUGCAAAGCAUUAUUGAAUACCGUAGUACAUUUCGUAAUGAACUUGUCCAAACAUUUAUGGAACAGCUGUGACUUAUAUUUGUAGUGGGACUACUCCGAGACAUCUUUAAACCUAGAUGAAUAUACAGUGUCAAAAAUGAAUAGAUAAAUACAAGUAUAAAAAAUAAUGGCAUGUAAAGGGAGUGUUAAAUCUACCAAUUAAAGUAAUAAAAAUUAGUUUAUGAAAGGUCCACGUUGUCAUUUUGUAUCAUUUACUACAAAUUCAAAUAAAUGUUUUUAAAUUUAAAGGAACACUCGAACGUGAAAUAACAUUUUUUUUAAAAUAGUUGGAAAAAAAAAGCCCAUAAAACGUAUCUGUAAUCCUGUUCCAGUACAGUCUCCCCUAUGCUGGUAGCCCAGGCACAGUGUAAUCCUCAAUCAUGAUGAUCUCUGGAACAAUCAAAUGCUUCUCAUUUAGAAAACACAGCAUACGUUACCAAAAUCCAUAAAACCAAUUUCUUCACAUGGUGAAGCACUCAAUCCAAUGUUCUCUCUGAGAAGCAUUAGCCACAUUUGGCAUCAGGAGGGUAUGCUGAACAUAUAGACAUCAAGCCACCAGAAGUAUGUUUCUGGCCAAAUGUAAACAUUACCUUAUGUCAGAUAUGGUCAUUACAUUGUCUGAGAUAAGGGACAUCAUAUGUGCGUUAUUAACUGUUUUAUCUUUGUUAUUAACUGUUAUAUCUUUGAAUAUUCUGUUUUUCCAGUAAUGCUUUAUGUAAAGAACCCUUUUAUUUUUCAUCUCCUCUGUUCAAAUCUAAAUGAGUGACCUCUCUUUUGCACAGUCCUAUUAAUAACAGAUUAGCAGAGAGCUGGUUUCACUGUCUCUUUAUAGAUUUGUAUAAUGUUAAAAUAUCUCCUCUGAUCCACCUUCUUUCUAAUUUAAUCAAUUUCAAGUUUUUGAGCCUUUUUUCAUAACUAAAAUCUUCCAUUCUUCUAGUUAAUUUUAUAACUUUUUCACUGUUACUAGGUCCAUAAUAUUCUUAUUUCAAACAGGUGCCCAAAAUUUCACCACUUAUUCAAGGUGAUGCCUUACUAUUGAUUUAUAAGAGAUAAGAGCAUGAAUACUAAGUUGUAUGCAUGAUAAUACAUUGUUGCUUAGUUUGUUGAAUAUAAAUAUUCCCAAAUUCAAAUUGUUUUAUCUAACUCUGCACCAUUUACGGUUAAGGUAAAUUGCUUGUGUAUUCUUAACUAGUGAUGUCCCGAACGGUUCGCCGAAUGGUUCGCCACGAACGGUUCGCCACGGACUCAUCAUUGAGUAAACUUUGACCCUGUACAUCACAGUCAGCAGACACAUUCCAGCCAAUCAGCAGCAGACCCUCCCUCCCAGACCCUUCCACCUCCUGGACAGCAUCCAUUUUACAUUCAUUGUGAAGCUGCAUUCUUAGUGAGCUGUCCAGGAGGUGAGAGGGUCUGGGAGGGAUGGUCUGCUGCUGAUUGGCUGGAAUCUGUAUGAGCUGCAUUACAAACUGAAACGCUGCACAUACAGACUCCAAGCACCAUGACCACUUAAAAUAACUGUAGUGGUCAUGGUGCUUGGAGUAACCCUUCAAAGAGACACUCUAAGCACCAUAACUACUAUAGACUGCUGUAGACUGCGAUGUCAAGAGUCAAAACAUUCUAGAGGGGUAUGACACUUACUUGGGUCAUUGGGCAUUUGCAGUCUGGCUCCUUUUUACAUACGUUCCCCUUACUUUGACUGUAUGUCCUCAGAGAUCAGUGCCGGUGCUAGGAUUUUAAGUUACACAGGCGAACAUGCAUUUUGGUGCCCCUCAACCUCCUUUAAAAAAAAAAAAUGCAUCUUCACCUGUGUGUAUUUCCUCCCAAGCCACAGGCAUAUUUUUUCAGUCACACAGUCAUACAAACACAGAAAUAAUCAUACAGAGACAUUUAGACACAUACAGUCAGUCAGAGACAUACAGACAUACAGGCAAAGACAUACAUGCAUACAGAGACAUGAAGGCAUAUAAAAACAUGCAUACAUACAGAGGCAUACCGUCAUACAGACACAUACAUACAUACAGAAACAUACAUACAAAGACAUCCAGGCACAUACAUACAUACAGACAUACAGGCAUGCACAUACAUACAUACAGGCAUACAAAGACAUGCAUGCAUACAGAGACAUACUGCCAUACAGACACAUACAUAUAUACAGGCAUACAGAGACAUACAUAUAUACAGGCAUACAGAAACAUACAUACAAAGACAUACAGGCAUACAUACAGAGACAUACAGGCAUACAGAAACAUACAUACAAGACAUACAGGCAUACAGACACAUACAAACAUUCAUACAUAGAGAGGCAAACCGUCAUACAGACAUACAUACAUAAACAUACAUACAAAGACAUACAGGCAUACAGAGACACACAGACACAUACGUACAUACAGAGACAUAAAGGCAUACAGUUACACACAUGCAUACAGAGACAUAUAUACAGACAUUCAGAGACAAACAAACAUUUAGUUACAUACAUGCAUGCAUACAGAUACAUGCAUGCAUACAGAGACAUACAUACAUAGAGAUAGAUACAUACAUACAGAGACAUACAUACACAGACAUACAGACAUACACACAUACAGAGACAUACAUACAUAGAGAUAGAUACAUACAUACAGAGACAUACAUACACAGACAUACAGACAUACACACAUACAGAGACAUACAUACAGAGACAUACAUACAUACAGAUACAUACAUGCAUGCAUACAGAUAGAUACAUACAUACAGAGACAGACAUACAGAGACAGACAUACAUACAUACAGAUACAUGCAUGCAUACAGAUAGAUACAUACAUACAUACAGAGACAUACAUACAUACAGAAACAUACAUACAGAGACAUACAUACAGAGACAAACAUACAUACAAACAGAGACAUACUGACAUACACAUACAUACAGACAGAGACAUACAGAGACAUACAGAGACAUACAUUCAGACAGAGACAUACAUACAUACAUACAUACAUACAGAGACAUACAGAGACAUACAUAGAGACAUACAGACAUACAUUCAUACAGACAUACAUACAGAGACAUACACACAUACAGAGACAUACAUACAUACAUACAUACAGAGACAUACAGAGACAUACAUUCAGACAGAGACAUACAUACAUACAUACAUACAUACAUACAGAGACAUACAGACAUAAAUACAGAGACAUACAUAGAGACAUACAUAGAGACAUACAGACACACAUUCAUACAGACAUACAUACAUAAAUACAGAGACAUACAUACAUACAUACAGAGACAUACAUAGAGACAUACAUAGAGACAUACAGACACACAUUCAUACAGACAUACAUACAGAGACAUACAUACAUACAUACAUACAGAGACAUACAGACAUAAAUACAGAGACAUACAUACAUACAUACAUACAGAGACAUACAUAGAGACAUACAUAGAGACAUACAUAGAGACAUACAGACACACAUUCAUACAGAGACAUACAUACAGAUACAUACAUGCAUGCAUACAGAUAGAUACAUACAUAGAGAUAGAUACAUACAUACAGAGACAGACAUACAGAGACAGACAUACAUACAUACAGAUACAUGCAUGCAUACAGAUAGAUACAUACAUACAUACAUACAGAGACAUACAUACAUACAGAAACAUACAUACAGAGACAUACAUACAGAGACAAACAUACAUACAAACAGAGACAUACUGACAUACAUACAGAGACAUACACACAUACAGAGACAUACAUACAGAGACAUACAGAGACAUACAUUCAGACAGAGACAUACAUACAUACAUACAGAGACAUACAUAGAGACAUACAGACAUACAUUCAUACAGACAUACAUACAGAGACAUACACACAUACAGAGACAUACAUACAUACAUACAUACAGAGACAUACAUACAGAGACAUACAGAGACAUACAUUCAGACAGAGACAUACAUACAUACAUACAUACAUACAGAGACAUACAGACAUAAAUACAGAGACAUACAUAGAGACAUACAGACACACAUUCAUACAGACAUACAUACAGAGACAUACAUACAUACAUACAUACAGAGACAUACAGACAUAAAUACAGAGACAUACAUACAUACAUACAGAGACAUACAUAGAGACAUACAUAGAGACAUACAGACACACAUUCAUACAGACAUAAAUACAGAGACAUACAUAGAGACAGACAUACAUACAGAGACAGACAUAGAGACAGACAUACAUACAGAGACAGACAUACAGACAUACAUACACAGACAUACAUAAUUACAUACUUACAUCUGUUAAAUCUUGUCCCCUGGGUGCAUGCUGUCCGGCUCUGUGGAGUCCAGUCCUGCAACCCAGCCCCAUCACAGGGCGCCAGCCGCGCUGUGUGGGACACAGGGAGCAGGGAUAUGAUGUCAUUCAUAUCCCCGCCCCCUCCACACAGCCUGCGGCAGACACCAGGAUAGGAGGUGGGCGGGCCGAGGCUGAGCUCCGCGGGCGGGAAUCUCUGGGCUGCGCUCGGUAGUAACCAGCUGGAGGGGAGCCAGGUGCGCUUCCCUCCUUCCUGUCUGCCUGAUGUCGCGCCCCCAGGGCUGGUGCGCCCUAAGGCGGCCGCCUGGGCCGCCUUAUGGUAGCGCCGGCCCUGUCAGAGAUAAAUGUAAAACCAUUAAAAAGUCUGAGUUUUAACAGUGAGGUGGCACUAUAGGACUACUAGCACCAUAACCACAAAAACAUGAUUCAAUGGUGAUGGUGCUUAGAGUGCCCCUUUAAGAGUCAAAAUAUACAUGGAACCAGAAAUUAAAAACAGGAAGGUUUCUUUUUCAGUCUGUAUUAGUUUGAUUCCUGCAUACACGGUUUGUACUUUAUCCCCUUCCCAAAUGCAGAUGUACCAGGUAUGUCCGUCAAAAAAUGGUCGUUAACGACCUCAAACGUACCUGGUAAGUCUGUGGCAAACUAUGCACUUACCUGAUCGCUGGCGAUCCCCUGCCGGCGAUUGCGAUUUGGGGACUUGCCUGGCUCAUCCGCCCUCCCCCCCCAGGCCAUGUGAUAAGCUCUCAGGCUGUCCCCCUCAUGCCUGCAAAAAAGUUUUAAAAGUAAAAAUAAAGUUUUAAAACACUUCCAUUUUUUUUAAUAAAAGUACUUAGAUCAUAUAUAUAUAUGUAAAUAUAUAUAUGAUCUAAGUACUUUUAUAUACAUAUACACAAUCCAUUAUUCUAAGUGUAUUUUGAUAUUACCAUAUAAAAUUAUAUAGAUAUUAAUAUUAAAAUACACUUAGAAUGACAUUAUAUAUAUAUAUAUAUAUAUAUAUAUAUAUAAAAGAAAAAAGAAAAAUAUGAUAGCACUCUCAGGUCUAUAAAAAUAUAUAAAACUUAACUUUUAAUUAACUAUGCAAAAAAAAUCAACGUUUCAGUCUGCUAAUCGCAGACUUUCAUCAGGAUUAAUACACAUACACACAGAUAUUCAAUAUAUAGUAAAAUAUAAAUUAGUAAUGUCCGUCAAAAAAUGGUCGUUAACGACCUCAAACGUACCUGGUAAGUCUGUGGCAAACUAUGCACUUACCUGAUCGCUGGCGAUCCCCUGCCGGCGAUUGCGAUUUGGGGACUUGCCUGGCUCAUCCGCCCUCCCCCCCCAGGCCAUGUGAUAAGCUCUCAGGCUGUCCCCCUCAUGCCUGCAAAAAAGUUUUAAAAGUAAAAAUAAAGUUUUAAAACACUUCCAUUUUUUUUAAUAAAAGUACUUAGAUCAUAUAUAUAUGUAAAUAUAUAUAUGAUCUAAGUACUUUUAUAUACAUAUACACAAUCCAUUAUUCUAAGUGUAUUUUGAUAUUACCAUAUAAAAUUAUAUAGAUAUUAAUAUUAAAAUACACUUAGAAUGACAUUUUAUAUAUAUAUAUAUAUAAAAUAAAAAUAAUAAAAUAAAUAAAUUGAAAAAAAUGAAAAUAAUAAAAUAAAUAAUAUUAGCAAAAUUAAGGUAGUAAAACAAAUUAUAUACCAUUUUAAAUUUGUUCUAACUAUAUUUUGAUAUUAAUAUACAAAUAUAUUUAAAUCAAAAUACAUUUAGAAUAACGUUAUAAAUACAUAUAUCCCGUUAACGACCGCGGACGUACUAGGUACAUUUGACAAAAAACGGUUGUUAAGGUACGUCCGCAGCAAAUAGGAACCCUGGACUUACCUGGACCGGCAUGCCGCAGCGAUCCCAGUCGGGACUGCCCGAUACCGUGUACAGUACCCCUGCAGCAGCUCCAGCCACCCCGGCCCUUCAGGGCAAUAGGAAUCUAUGGAGCUGCCAGCAGGGGGAUUGUCUGAGCUGUCAGGCAGUCCCCCAGGCUACAUAUAUAAUAUAUUAUAAAAUAAUUAAAGCAUUUUAUAAUAUAUUAUACAUAUAUAAUGCAUAUACACAUGAAGGGUUAUUCAGGGAUUGCUGACAGGUAUCAGUGUUACAAUGUAACUUUUGUUAAUUUAAAAAAAACAAAUGGUUUGGAAAUAGUGAAGUGCUACUUGUACUUAUUGCCCUAUAACUUGCAAACAAAAGCUAAGAACAUGCUAACAUUAGGUAUUUCUAAACUCAGGACAAAAUCUAGAAACUAUUUAGCAUGGGUGUUUUUUUGGCGGUUGUAGAUGCAAAACAUAUUUUGGGGGUCAAAGUUAGAAAAAGUGUGUUUUUUAAAUUUGUUCAUCAUAUUUUAUAUUUAUUUUACAGUAAAUUAUAUGAUAUGACAAAAAUAAUGGUAUCUUUAGAAAGACCAAAUAAUGGCGAGAAAAACGGUAUAUAAUAUGUGUGGUUACAGUAAAUGAGUAAGAGGAAAAUUACAGCUAAACACAAACGGCAAAAAUUUAAAAACAGCCCUGGUCCUGAACAGUAAGAAAACUGAAAAACUGUUCUAUCUCACUGAAAUUCCAAUGCAGUCAAAAGAUAUACUUACACAAAAUAGGGACUUUCAUUAGUUUUUUCCUGUGCUUGACAAAAAGGCUGAGCUACCUUUUGUUAAGUGUUUGCAAACCAGAAAUAUAUAUCACACCAAAAGGGAUACAGCUGUUAAAAGAAAAAAACUAAACAAUACAUAGUGGUAAUAUGUCCAAAUCAAUAUCAAAUGACACUUUUACUGGUAACACUCACAAUGUGGUGGAAUGAGUAUCACCUUAAGGGUGCCUCACCUGAUGGUGUUGGGGAGCUGGUACCUCGUCUACCUCUAUGGAUGCCUCAUUGCCAGAAACUGGAUGCAACAAGAACCACAAUCAAGAAUCCAAGGAAGGGUGGAGGGAGUCACGGGCUUAGGUGGGGGAUGGGGGAAAUGGAGCAGUGCAAGGAUUUUUGGGUACAUAGGCAAAGAUGCAUUUUUCCACCCCUUCCCCCCCAAAAAAUAACAUCUUCACCUGUGUGCCUUUUAACCUCCCUUUUGUGUUUCUUAUCCACUCUAUUAAAUGUCUUACCCCAUUUGGUGUAUCUUAGCUCCUAUUUUUCCUCCCUUGUGUAUCUCUUACACCCCCCUUCUGUGUCUCUUAUCUCCCCUCUUUGUAUGACUCUCACAUCCUCCCACAUUUUGCGUGUCUUGCCCCUUGACUCCUUCUCUCCCAGCCCCUUUGUGUAUUUUGCUCUUCCCAGCUCCUUUGUGUGUGCCUCUUACACCCCCAGACCUUCUGUCUCCCCCCCAGCCCCAAUGUGUGUCUAUUUGUCCCUUUCUCAAGCCCUGCUGUGUGUUUCUUGCACAUCCAGCCCCUCUCCCCUGCCCUUCCCUGUCCAUUAGUGUCCCCACUCCUCCUUCCUUUCCCUGUCCCUUAGUGUUUCUCUCCCCACCCCUCCCUGUCCCUUAGUGGUCCCCUCCCCUUCCCAGUGUGCCUUUUAUCUCUCUUGUAGCGUGGCUGAGCGGAGCAGAUCCUGGUACAGGAGCUUACAUUUUCUGUACCUGGCCGGACUGACAGGAAGUCCUCUCUCUCAGUGAGCACUUCCUGUUAGUCUGGCCAGGUACAGGAAACAGAAGCUCCUGUAGCACGGUCCACUCUGCUCGGCCACUCUACACUCAGUGGUGUAUACACAUUGACAGUCACACACACUCAAUGACAAACACACAGACGUCACUGACAGACACAGACUCACUAAUCUGACACACACUUAUUCAUUGACUGACACACACACACGCACACUGACAGACACACACACACUGACAGACACACUCAUACACUCACAGACACACACACUCAUACACUCACUGGAAGACACACACAUACACACACACACACGCACUCACAGACACUCACUAAUUAUUAAUAUUUUUAUAAUUAAAAAUAUUCCAUCCAGCCUCCCUACCUGGAGAGCUGGCGUGGGUCUGUCAUUGGGGGUCCAGUGGGGCUGCUGGGAGGCAUGCGGCUGUAGUAGAAUCUGAGGCGGCGAGGGAGCUCUGAUCUCCCUCUUCUGCUCCCUCGUGCCUCACGGGCUGUCUACUUAUGCCGGGAGCUGGAAUAUGACGUCACAUUCCGGCUCCCGCAGCAUCAGCAAACAGUGCGAGAGGGAGCAGAGCAGAGAGAUCAGAGCUCCCUCUCCGCCUCGGAUUCUACCACACGCCAGGAGGUCUAGAAGGUGGCCUAGUAGAAGGGAGCGCUUUCCUCCUGCCAAUCACUGGAAUCUUGCUCCUCCUUAUGGAUGCCCCGGCCCUGAGGGGAUGCAAAAUUUAUGAAAACAUAGCUGAUCUGUAAGAAAAAAAAUAUUCUCUAUUCACAGCUUGACUAUUUUAGAUUCAGCAUUACCAUUUGAAUUUUAUUUGGCCACAGUCCACAGUUUAGUGAAUAACUCUUACAGUUUUUAUUUAUUUAUUCAUCUUUAAUUUUGAAAUGUUGGAAGCCUAUUUAAAAGAUUGCCACAUCCGGAAUGAUGCAAUGACGACUUUGUAAAGUGCAAUAGAUUUUGGCGUUGACAAAUAAUCACAAGCUGUUUUUAAGAUAGCUGGCCAAAUGUAUCAGAAGCAACUGAAGCAGUCAGAUUAAGUCAUUCCUUGUACUCAUUGGCUGAGCAGCAUGAUUCACCCCUCCAAUUUUAGAUCUUUUGCCUAUUUUUACAGAAGGCAAUUAUCAUCCUUAAAGUCAACACCCUGAAAAUUUGGACUGACAGCAUGCAUUGAAGGGAGUUAAAUUUAUCUCAGUGAUAAAGUACCAGUGAGCCAUAACUCUCAUAACUGAUAUUUAUAGCCACGAAAUUGAAAGUUAAUACCUUUUUAUCAUCUUGUUUAUUCUUGUUCCUUAACGUUGCUGCUAAUCCUAUGGAGUUGUGCUGUGAACGCCUCUUUGUCUGUGAAAGACCAUUGUCACUUUACAUUUCAAUAACAUGGGAGGGUAGCAGUAGAAAAUCAAAUGUGAGUUAUGAGAUCAGUCAGUCAUACUUAAUAAAUUACUCAAAUUGGGCAUUUUUGUACACAUUUUCGACCCGUGGUGUUCCUGUUUUUUUUUGGAAACAUUAUAUGGAGUUCUGUGAAUAAAAUGGAAAUGUGAACUGCAAUUGACAAGGUUUUAACCAAAAUAAUCAAGUUGAAAAAAACAAACACAUAAACUAUACAGUAUGGUCCAAUCAACCACUACAAAUCAACCACAUAGACUAUACAGUAUAAUCCAAUCAACUACUACAAAUCAACCACAUAGACUAUACAGUAUGAUCCAAUCAACCACUACAAGUCAACCACAUAGACUAUACAGUAUGAUCCAAUCAACCAAUACAAAUCAACCACAUAGACUAUACAGUAUGAUCCAAUCAACCACUACAAAUCAACCACAUAGACUAUACAGUAUGAUCCAAUCAACCACUACAAAUCAACCACAUAGACUAUACAGUAUAAUCCAAUCAACCACUACAAGUCAACCACAUAGACUAUACAGUAUAAUCUAAUCAACCACUACAAAUCAACCAGACUAUACAGUAUAAUCCAAUCAACUACUACAAAUCAACCACAUAGACUAUACAGUAUGAUCCAAUCAACCACUACAAAUCAACCACAUAGACUAUACAGUAUGAUCCAAUCAACCACUACAAAUCAACCACAUAGACUAUACAGUAUGAUCCAAUCAACCACUACAAAUCAACCAUGUAGACUAUACAGUAUAAUCCAAUCAUCCACUUCAAAUCAACCACAUAGACUAUAUAGUAUGAUCCAAUCAACUACUACAAGUCAACCACGUAGACUAUACAGUAUGAUCCAAUCAACUACUACAAAUCAACCACAUAGCCUAUACAGUAUGAUCCAAUCAACCACUACAAAUCAACCACAUAGACUAUACAGUAUGAUCCAAUCAACCACUACAAGUCAACCACAUAGACUAUAUAGUAUGAUCCAAUCAACCACUACAAAUCAACCAUGUAGACUAUACAGUAUAUCCAAUCAACCACUACAAAUCAACCAGACUAUACAGUAUAAUCUAAUCAACCACUACAAAUCAACCAUGUAGACUAUACAGUAUGAUCCAAUCAACCACUACAAGUCAACCAGACUAUACAGUAUAAUCUAAUCAACCACUACAAAUCAACCACAUAGACUAUACAGUAUGAUCCAAUCAACCACUACAAGUCAACCAGACUAUACAGUAUAAUCUAAUCAACCACUACAAAUCAACCAUGUAGACUAUACAGUAUGAUCCAAUUAACCACUACAAAUCAACCACUGCAAAUCAACCACGUAGAAUAUACAGUAUGAUCCAAUCAACCACUACAAGUCAACCAGACUAUACAGUAUAAUCUAAUCAACCACUACAAAUCAACCACAUAGACUAUACGGUAUGAUCCAAUCAACCACUACAAGUCAACCAGACUAUACAGUAUAAUCUAAUCAACCACUACAAGUCAACCAUGUAGACUAUACAGUAUGAUCCAAUCAACCACUACAAGUCAACCACGUAGACUAUACAGUAUGAUCCAAUCAACCACUACAAAUCAACCACAUAGACUAUACAGUAUAAUCCAAUCAACCACUACAAAUCAACCAUGUAGACUAUACAGUAUAAUCCAAUCAACCACUACAAAUCAACCACUACAAAUCAACCACAUAGACUAUACAGUAUGAUCCAAUCAACCACUACAAAUCAACCACAUAGACUAUACAGUAUGAUCCAAUCAACUACUACAAAUCAACCACAUAGACUAUACAGUAUAAUCCAAUCAACCACUACAAGUCAACCACAUAGACUAUACAGUAUAAUCUAAUCAACCACUACAAAUCAACCAGACUAUACAGUAUAAUCCAAUCAACUACUACAAAUCAACCACAUAGACUAUACAGUAUGAUCCAAUCAACCACUACAAAUCAACCACAUAGACUAUACAGUAUGAUCCAAUCAACCACUACAAAUCAACCACAUAGACUAUACAGUAUGAUCCAAUCAACCACUACAAAUCAACCAUGUAGACUAUACAGUAUAAUCCAAUCAUCCACUUCAAAUCAACCACAUAGACUAUAUAGUAUGAUCCAAUCAACUACUACAAGUCAACCACGUAGACUAUACAGUAUGAUCCAAUCAACUACUACAAAUCAACCACAUAGCCUAUACAGUAUGAUCCAAUCAACCACUACAAAUCAACCACAUAGACUAUACAGUAUGAUCCAAUCAACCACUACAAGUCAACCACAUAGACUAUAUAGUAUGAUCCAAUCAACCACUACAAAUCAACCAUGUAGACUAUACAGUAUAAUCCAAUCAACCACAACAAAUCAACCAGACUAUACAGUAUAAUCUAAUCAACCACUACAAAUCAACCAUGUAGACUAUACAGUAUGAUCCAAUCAACCACUACAAGUCAACCAGACUAUACAGUAUAAUCUAAUCAACCACUACAAAUCAACCACAUAGACUAUACAGUAUGAUCCAAUCAACCACUACAAGUCAACCAGACUAUACAGUAUAAUCUAAUCAACCACUACAAAUCAACCAUGUAGACUAUACAGUAUGAUCCAAUUAACCACUACAAAUCAACCACUGCAAAUCAACCACGUAGACUAUACAGUAUGAUCCAAUCAACCACUACAAGUCAACCAGACUAUACAGUAUAAUCUAAUCAACCACUACAAAUCAACCAUAUAGACUAUACGGUAUGAUCCUAAUCAACUACCACAAGUCAACCAGUACUAUACAGUAUAAUCUAAUCAACCACUACAAAUCAACCAUGUAGACUAUACAGUAUAAUCCAAUCAACCACUACAAAUCAACCAUGUAGACUAUACAGUAUAAUCCAAUCAACCACUACAAAUCAACCACUACAAAUCAACCACAUAGACUAUACAGUAUGAUCCAAUCAACCACUACAAGUCAACCACGUAGACUAUACAGUAUGAUCCAAUCAACCACUACAAAUCAACCACAUAGACUAUACAGUAUAAUCCAAUCAACCACUACAAAUCAACCAUGUAGACUAUACAGUAUAAUCCAAUCAACCACUACAAAUCAACCACUACAAAUCAACCACAUAGACUAUACAGUAUGAUCCAAUCAACCACUACAAGUCAACCACAUAGACUAUACAGUAUGAUCCAAUUAACCACUACAAGUCAACCACAUAGACUAUACAGUACAACCCAAUCAACCACUACAAAUCAACCAUGUAGACCAUCAACCAUCAACCACUACAAGUCAACCACAUAGAUUAUACAGUAUAAUCCAAUCAACCACUAAAAAUUAACCACGUAGACCAGGGGUUCUCAACCCAGUCCUCGGGACCCCCUACCAGUCCAGAAUUUGGGGAUUACCUGGGUGUGUCUAAGGUGUUUAGAAAAAGGGGGAAAAAAACACCUUAGACUCUAAGGUGUUUUUUCUUUCUUUUUUUAAACACCUUAGACAUACCCAGGUAAUCCCUAAACCCUGGACUGGUAGGGGGUCCUUGAGGACAAGGUUGAGAACCCCUGACGUAGACUAUACAGUAUGAUCCAAUCAACCACUACAAGCCAACCACGUAGACUAUACAAUAUAAUACAAUCAACCACUAAAAAUUAACCACUUGCACUUCCAAUGACACUAAUGGGCAUAACCUGGCACAAAUGUUAACUGUGUCACCAAACAUGACUCUGAGAAACAGAGAAGCAGCAGAAUAAACUCUCCUUUAUUAUUGUUUUGUAAAUUGGUUAUAAUUAACUGUUUAUUGAUUAAAUUUCUUUAGAUGAAUCAUCUGCAGAGAAUGCUUUCCCCCUUGCUUUCCCGGAUCUAGAUCAGCAACUUCAGGUAAGAAAGUAUUAAGAGUAAAAUACAUUGCUAGCCAGCCGCUAUAAAAAAAAAAAGUUACAAAAACAACACAAACAACAAAAAAACAACAUACAAGGCUCCAUAUGGAGUUAUUUUUCCUCUCAUAUGUCCCCACCUGUCAUGUCAUGGAUAGUGGCAUAUCUGCUAAAUGGCUUCUAACCCUUAAUGCCCCAGGUUGAAGAUUAGCUAUUGCUGCCCAGUCAUUGAAAGGUAAGACAGGUUGGGUAUAAGUGAGUAUAUAAAUUCCUCUAUAGUUAGUUGGGGGUCAUACAGACCACCAGAUACUUUUAAUUUAAUUCUUCAUUUUUGUGUCCACAAAUUGAACUGUUCUCCUUAUGAAGGUUGUUUUGAACUAUUAGCUUACCAACUGUUAGCACUGUCAACUGACAAAUAAUCUAGAUUUUUAAAAAAUCACUUGCUAGAUGGCAAGUGUAUCUAUUUACUGGGCUUACCUGUCAAGAUCUGAUUUAAAUGUAUUGUUUAGUAAAUAUGCUAAUACUGUGUUGUUGAUAGGAUUCACGUGUGAAAACGACAGAUUUUAAACCAGAAUCUGAAUACUAGAACAUUUCCUAUAAUUUUUUGAUGAGUUGAUGAUCUGUUCUGAGUGAGUUAUAUUGCUGUGACAAUCUGUCAUAUACACAUAUAUUCUAGUUUUGUGAUACAGUCUUGCACAAUGUGCAAAAUUCUGAUAUCUUUCAAGAAGGACACUCAGAAGCUAUCAGAUACUGGCUGAGAUUUUUGAGAGUUGGGGAUUAGUAUGUUUUACAAUAUUAGGUGAAAGUCAGUUGUUGGACAUUCUCGCUGCAGAUUACUGAAUUAUAUUAUUAUAUUAUAUUAUGCCCUUAAAUGUACCUUAUGUUACCUUUCAGAUACACAACACAUCUAAUAUGUGCUUUUUGUUGCAGCCUCUCCCACCAUGUAACACCUCCAAAGAAUCGAUGCACUUAUAUAAGCAGCACUGUAAGAUUGCUGAGGAAUAUCAUGAAGUAAAGAGGGAAAUAGCUCUACUGGAGGAAAGAAGGUAAGUGUCUUAAUCGUCCAGGCACUGAUUCUAAAAUGGCACAUACAUUGGAAUUCUAAACAUAGAUACACAUUUACCAUGUCAUGAUGUAGGGUUGUCUUCAUUUAGAGCGGCACUGUCACUUCCACUGAAAACUGAGUAUUUUAAUAAAGUUAGAAUCUUUAUCGAAUACUCAUCUUGACUGGGUUUGGAAUUUUGCUGAAAUUUCAUCCCAGUCAAAAGAGAUACUUCUAUUCCGCCUGAUUUUCUUAGACUCAGGGCACAGUCUAAGUGUCAAUCCUGACAGCCGUCACCAGUGACGACUGCAGAGAAUUGGCUGCGUCUAUGGAGGAUUCCAAGGUCUUGAGGGAUCCUCCAUAGACCUCAAUGCGCAUGUGUCAGCUCAUGGUGCUGAAAGAGCUGAUGGCUCAUUGUGUGCCAUUACAGAGAGAACCUAAACCAUUUUCACAUCCGACUGCUCCCACCCAAAAGGUCAGCACAAAUCCAAAACGCAGGCUUGCUACUUCUGCACGAGAAACACAGCAACCCCAAACGACCAUUUGAGCCUUGGUAGACCGUGCCAGUGGGGUAUAACUGAGGUAGGGGUCCAAGUCUGGGUUACCCUUUUACCUUAAGUGGAGCAAAAAAUAGUGUGCAAAAGAAUACUGAGAACGGACAACAGCUCAAAUAGCUUGCCCUUCGGUCUCUGCUCAGAGCUCAAGCUGGUUUAAGCUCAUCUUGUGCCAUUACACAGAGAACCUAAAACAUUAUUAUCACUAGAGUUGAUUUCAACCUUAUUUCUUUUUUUUAUUGUUUUAUUUAUCUUACUAAUGUAAGAAUUCUUUAAUUUAUUUUUCGGUUUAUUUAUUUUGUUAAAUUCUAAGAUUACCUUUUCUUCUCUUCUAGGAAAGAGCUGAUGGCCCGGCUGGAUCAAGUAGAAAAAGAAAAUUCUGAUGCUGUUCACUUGGCCAUGGAAUAUGAAGAGCUGACAAUAGAGAAUCAAAGCCUUAACGUAGCUCACUCGCGAUGUAAAGAACAACUAGAAAAAAUAAGACAGCAGUAUCAAAAAAGGCAGGGGUCUUCCUAA